CACACGUCCGUCAAAGCUCCAUAAAUGCUGGGCUGCAGCUUGGUGCAAGCGCACCUUUCCUUCAUCUGGGACCGAACCGAUGAGCUCGCAGCCUCCGCGGGCUGAAGCGCAGCAAUGCUAAGCGAUGAAACGGCCUUUUGCCCCAAAAGAAGCUGCUGGGGUUUUGGAACAUGUUCGAUGUUGGUUACUCAUGAAAAUGAAAAGAUCAGCCGGGAGUUUGAAAAGUAAUUUCAAGUGUAUCGUGGUAGUUGUGAUUGCACUUUGCUUUAUUUACCUGGUCAAGACAACGUACGAGUCCAAGACAUGUGAAACAGCAAGAAUUGACAAGGUCAACCCUGAUCAUGCCAAGAGAGCUCAGAAAUACGCAGAAGGAAUUUUGCAAGCCAAGUGUCGCCCGUCUUUUGCGAAGACCAAGCUGAACGAGCUGUUUCCCAACAAGUACAACCCGGACCUCCUUCCCUUUGUAACGGAAGAUAUCGACGCUCAGUCCGAUCUCUUUAAGUAUCAGCCCCCUUUCGGCUUUCGGAAUCUUUUGGAGAAGCUUCGAGACUUGGUCCAACUUCUACCUGAACAAGAUCUACCGGCAGAGCUGCAUUCGAAAUCCUGUAAACAUUGCGUAGUUGUGGGAAGCAGCAACGUAUUACACGGGUUGAAGCUGGGCUCCUACCUGAAUCACUUUGACAUUGUCAUCAGGUUAAAUGAUGCACCUGUUUGGGGAUACACAAAUGAUGUCGGCAACAAAACAACAAUUAGAAUGACCUAUCCUGAAGGAGCUUCUUUAUCUCAAGACGAAUAUUUUCCAGAUAGCUUGUUUGUGGCAGUAUUAUUUAAAACGGUUGAUUUUGAAUGGAUAAAAGCAGUGGUGAAAAAUGAAACAUUACCACUCUGGAUGCACCUCCUCUUUUGGAAGAAGGUGGCGAUGAAAAUACCUCUCAUUCCGGGGAAGUUCCGGAUUUUGAACCCGAUGAUCGUUAAGGAGAUGGCAAUGGAUAUUCUGCAAUACCCAGAACCUCAGUCCAGCCUCUUCUUCUGGAAUCGGGUCAGUGCACAGAAGAUACCCACGAUUGGCAUCAUAGCCAUGGUUCUAGCUACCCAUUUAUGUGACGAAGUGAGCUUAGCCGGGUUUGGCUACGACCUGCAUCAUCCCGAGGCACCUCUGCAUUAUUACAACAACGUUUGCACGGUGGCCAUGAGGUGGCAACCCAUGCACGACGUAACCCAGGAGACGCAACUACUGCAAAAGCUGGUCAGAGAAGGCGCCGUAAGCGAUCUCAGCGGGGGAAUCUACUGCCACUUCUGCAACAAGCCAGGCUAACGGUGGGAUCAGAGAUCGACUUUCGCGUGUUCUUGCAAGCUUCCCUUGAUUGGGAAAAAAAAAAAAGCCACGUUCGUAUUCCACGCAGAUCAUGCGUGACAACUUUUCGGGGUUCAGUGUUUAUUUAAUAUUUGGCAGAGGUUUCUGAAUAUGCAUCAUUACUUCACACCUAACUGGUAUUUGGUAUCAUUGUAAGACACAGCACUUCUGAAUGGUUUUUGUCUGGACACAUGGAGAAUGAAUUUAUUAUUUUAUUUAUUUAUUAUUGAAUUUCUAUACCGCCCUUCUCCCUGAGGACUCAGGGCGGUGUACAGCCAGAAUUAAAAAACAUGCAGGACAAAUAUUAAAAAACAAUUAAAAGAUAUAUAAAUUUGGCCCAAUUAAAACUCACUACCAAUUAAAACAAUUUAAAACAUUUAAAAACAUUUAAAAAUUUCUUCUUAAGCCAGCCCGGCUUGCUUGAAAAAAUGGGUUUUAAGGGCACGACGGAAGGCACCGAGGUCCUGGAUUCUCCUUAUCUCUGGGGGCAGCUGAUUCCAGAGGGUAGGUGCCCCCACAGAGAAGGCCCUCCCCCUGGGGGUCACCAGCCUACACUGUUUGGCUGAUGGCACCCUGAGGAGGCCCUCUCUGUGGGAGCGCACGGGUCGAUGGGAAUUGCGAGCAGUCCUCGACUUAACGAUCAAACGAGGCCCAGAAUUUCUGCUACUAAGUGAGGUAGUUAUUAAGUGCCUUGAGCCUGAUUUUAUGAGCCUUUAUUUUAUUUUAUUUUUUAUUAUUAUUUUUUUGCAAUUGGAUGUUAAGCGAAUCAGUGCGAUUUUUAAGCGAAUCCAUCUUCCCCCAACACACACACCCUAGUUGACUUCGGAAACCGGCUGGGAAGGACUCCAUUUUAAAAUUUAUUUAUCAAAUUUAGAAACUGCUGUCUCCACCCCAGCGGGACUCUGGGUGGUGCGGAAGUAAAAAUAUGAAAACGUAAAAAUUGUAUAAAGUUUAGGUAAGAGGCAGAGAUUGUUACAAUUCAACAUUAAAAGCUAAUUAAAAGGUGGUAGGGUCUAACCAGCUCCAUGCAUUGUGCUCCUCCUUGAGAGCUAAGCAAAAUGCUGAGUCUUCGGGCAUUUUUGAAAGACCAGGAGUGCAUGUGGGGGGGGGUCUGCUUCACCUCUUGGGGGGAGGGUGUAUCAAAAGGUGGGGGGCAAUGGUAGAGAAGGCUCUCCCUGGAGAGCCAGUCAGAAUUAUUUAAUUGAUGGGGUUGGGAGAAGGAGUGGCCGAAAUCGGUGGUGGAGUCAAAAGAGGAGCUAGCCUAGAAUCCUACGUAGUCACAAGCAAACUUAAGUCCAAUCGCCUUUAAAUUCCAUUGACUCUUAAUCUUGACUCCACGCACGAGUUGAGAAGAUUCCCAUUCAUAGGAUUUUAUCAAUAAAUCAGUUUAAUUGGAUAUCUAUGGAGAUUCUCCAUCAUCCAGGUCAUGGUCUUCCCAAAGAUGCUUUUUUCAAGAGGCAACUGGACUUUCUGGUUUUUCUUUGAAGAUGUUUCGCUUAUCAUCCAAGAAGCUUCUUCAGCUCUGACUGGAUGGUGGGGAAGGGAAGGAUUUAUACUCCUUGCAGACAGCUGGUCACUUGCAUCCUUUUAGAGAGUCAUUGAGGCCACUUGGAGGUUUACCUGUGAUCUCAGGGUCACCUGAGUAGUGUGGAGCCUUCUUGGAACUGUUGAAAGGACUGCGUUGUAGAUUGAUGAUGUCAUAUCCUUCCUCCUCUGUUGAGAGAAGGCUGUUCAGUUUUGACAUAAAUGACCUCUUUGACCCCUCUUUCAAACCAGCCGUCGUCUCUGUCCAAAAUAUGGACUUUGUUGUCUUCAAAAGAGUGGCCUGUGUCUUUUAAAUGCAGGUGAACCGCUGAAUUUAGUCCGGAUGUGUUUGUUCUGCUAUGUUGUGCCACGCGUUUGGGAAGUGGUUGUUUUGUUUCCCCAGUGUACAGAUCUGCACAUGGCUCACUGCAUCGUACUGCCUAUACCACGUUGCUCAAUUUCCAUCUGGGUGUUCUAUCCUUGGGGUGGACAAGCUUCCGCCUUAGUGUGUUCUUGGGUUUGAAGUGUGCACGUCUGUUGUGUUGGCUGAAGAUCCUCCUGAGCUUUUCCAAUAUUCCUGCAAUGUACAGAAUGACAACGUUGCUUCGUUUAUUGUUCUCAUCAUUGUCUGUUACAGAGGAGGGUCUUUUUUGAUGAAGGCCCACUUGGAAUAGCCCUCAGAAUAUGUGGCUUUGAUCAUACAACUCCGGGUUGCUUCAACCAUCAUAAGUUCAUGCCAAUUGCGAAGCAUCUGCAUUUUAAUUACAUGACCUGUGUAUGUGUGGUGAUAGUCCUAAGGCCGAGGUUGUAAGUCACUUUUGCAGUGCUAUUAUAACUGGUCACUAAACAAAUGGUCGUAAGUCGAGGAUCGCCUGUAUAAGUUACUUGUUCAAGGGACGGUUUAAAAAAUUCUGUUAUAAUUGUGGAUUACAGUAUUAUUUUUCCGGAUAA